AUGAGAAUACUUUGGGGAAACACAAUUGGUAUUGUCAUUUUAUAUUUCUUAGCAAAUGUAAAUGCAAUACAAUUAUAUGGAAAUGAUUUGAAUUUUGAAAAAAGCUUUAACCCCAAAAUAGUUUCUGAUAAAAAAAAUAUUUUAGAAGAAAAUAAAUUUCAAGAGUCGCUAAAAUCAUUUUUAAAAAAUAAUGGAAAUGAAGAUUUUUUAAAAAAUAAUGAAAAUGAAAAUGGUGACAACAUGUUUGGGUCCGAUAAUUUUAUUGAAGAAAGUAAAGAAUUUAUAAAUAAACAAAUUUUAUCUGAUUUAUAUAGUAAUUUUAUUAUUACAGUAGUAAAUGAUAAUACUUUAAAUUUUUUGGAUAAUCUUAAAUCAAAUAAUGAAGAAAAUACUGAAUUUCAAAUCGAAUUUGAAGAAAGCUGUUCUCCAUUUUUUUGUGAAAAAGUUAUGAAAGCAAAAGAAAUUGAAUCUAAAAAUAAAAGUAAUGAAAGAGAAAUUGUUUUACAUCAAAAUAAUGACUCGAAUAAAGAAUUGGCUGAUAAUAACAAUGAUAUAGAUAAUCAAAAUAAUGAAGAUUUAUUUGCUAAUCUUGAUUCUGUACUUGAUAAAACGGAUUCUAAUGAAAAAGGAGAUGUAGAUGCUAUCUAUUCUAGAGAAAUAGAUGGAAAUGAAGAUAAACAAAAAAUCAUAUUAACAGAUGGAACAAAUGUAUAUGUAUUAGAAGAAGUCGUUCAAGAUAACAACAAUUUUAUGGAUGAUCAAAAUAUAAAUCUUCGAAAUGGAGACCAAGAAAUAAAAAUGCAUAUACCCCAAAAUAAUCAAGUAGAAGAUGAUAGUAAUAAUAUAAAUCAAUUCUUAGAAAAUGAAAACUUAUUUGACAACUUAUUUGACAGUGACACUAGUGGGGAUGGAUAUGUUAAUAGUGUUUAUACAGAUAGUGAAAGAGGAAUUAGCGAACAUAAAAUGGGUUCUAACGAAAAUUUUGAAAAUAAAAACGAAAAUACAUCUGAUAGCAUUAAUGAAAGUAUAUCUGAUAACAUUAAUGAAAAUAUAUCUGAUAGCAUUAAUGAAAAUAUAUUAAAUAUGACUGAAGAAGAAUUAUCACAAAAAAUUUUUGAUGAUAUAAAGAUGAACAAUGAGGAUAAAAUAGAAUGUCAUAACUAUUCUAAUAGUCAAGAUAAAUGUAAUAGUUUUAAAAAAUGUACUUUUGUUAACAUUGAAAAUAAAGAUGUUUGUUUCUUGGAUUAUAAUUACAUGCUUUUCUUAAAAAACACAAACUGUACUUUACAAUCCAAGUCAUCUCUUCUCUCCAUCUCAAAGGAUUUGCUCCAGAACGAAAUUAUCAACAGACAAAUGUUCCAGCUACUAAGAAACAGCAGCAACAAUAAUUUUAUUUGUGAUACAAUUACUUAUUCAUUCCUUACAAGUGUUGUUGACAAUACAAAUUAUGAUGAAAUCUUUUCUUAG